AUGUGCUUGAUUGAGUGUACGCUGGAACAUAGUACUGCGACUUGGCAGGAGUUCUUUGAAAGAAUAAUUGAGAACAAGCGGACUCGAAUCCGUAAUGGCAAACUCCCAGACCUAUGCGAGAAGGAUUGCGAUGAUCAAAAGGCUCUACUUCGUCAGGUCCUUAACAUCAACGGCCAAGAAGGAUACAACAGGAGAGAAGUCGCCAUAGAUCAUGGUGAUCUCAAACCACAGAACAUCAUCGUGGAUGAAGAGUAUAAUAUCACAUGUGUCAUUGACUGUGCUUUUGCUGAUGUUGUUCCACUUAUAAGAGCCGCUGGCCUUCCACGUUUCCUAUGGGGAAACUCACUCUCACCGACAGUCAAGGCAGACAAACAAUUCUACCUGGAAGCCGUUACUUCCCAGUAUGCGCCACAAGCACUGUUGCGAUUCUUUCAGACUGAGGGGGAUGUGGAAUUUCGUACCCUGUACCUGGAGUCUAUUUUCAGCAAAAAUGUGCAUGUUCUGUUGGCAAAGAAUGGGUGGCGGGUUCCUUGUGAGAACAAUGACUGGGCAUUUUGA